UUCACCGCAGUGUUAAGAAUAUAAUCAGUAUUACUCAUAGGCUUAGAUGUUUCUUAAAUAGAUUAUAUUAAGCGUACUUUUAGAGAUUUACAUUACAUUGAAGCGCAAACAUUUUCAACGCACAAGUAUUCUGUGGAACUGUGAACGAGUGAAAAACAAGCCGCAAAAUUAUUGAGAAGUGACGUACAAAAUAAAGUGUCCAACUAAAAAUAAUAUACUCCUAAAAUGACCACAACAACAACAAAAACAACGCUCAUUAGUCAAAACUCAAAAAUAUAAAUGGUUUACGAGCCUUCUCAAUAAACUUGACAAAAUAGUAUGGUGUUUACUAAAAAACGUCAAAAAUGAAACACAAAAGCUGGAGACACAAACGCAAAUAAAUAAUUAAUAAAAAGAUAACCAGUAUAGAGGAUUUUACGGCCGCACCAAGACAAACCGUUCGCAUAACAAACUAAAGAAGUAAGCAAAAUUACACCUAAGAAAACAUGCUCGGACGCACACAGAAGCUUCUACUGGGCAUAGCAAUUUUGUUUCUAGUCGACAUCAUUUGGGUUUCAUCCAGCGAGCUGACCAAGUUUCUCUACGAUGACGCCAAAUUUGAUAAGCCCUUCUUCUGCACAUAUUUCAAGACUUCAAUGUUUAGCAUAUAUUUACUGGUUAUCGGCAUAAUAGCGCCAUGGAAGGAGUCCUGCGAUCGUCAGAAUGGCAAUUACGCGAUGAUGGAACAGAACGCUGAUGAUGAGAACUAUUAUUCCAGUCAAGCGGCAUUGGGUGAUCCCACAUAUGUACCCAUACGUUCGCCACAUUUUGGACCCACUUGCAAUGGUACGGUGUCCGGUACGGAGAGCGAUGAUUCCAGUGUGCGGAGCGUACGGUUCAAUAAAAUGGCUGAGGUACGUGAAAUGUCCGCUCAUGAGGCAACGGAUGCGCUAAUGGCGCGCCUCUCGUAUGCCGCGAGCCUACGAAUACGGCGCCAGAAGACACAUCACAAAACCGCGAAGACUGCACUGCUCUUCUGUCUACUCUGGUUCAUGGCCAACUAUUUCUUUCAACUGGCUCUUGAUAUGGACGAGACCGCAAUGAUAACGCUAAUUAGUUCAAGUUCGUCGUUCUUCACCAUGUGCUUGGCCGCUAUGUUUCCAUCAGCUACAGGAGAUAAAUUUACCAUAACAAAACUAAUUGCCGUUGCCAUGAACAUUGGCGGAGUCGUGGUGAUCACAAUGAACGAUUUACACGAUACGAAAAUGACACGCGGUGUUCUGUUGGCGCUGUUCAGUGCUUUUUUCUAUGCCGCGUAUCUGGUGUUUGUCAAGCGAAAAAGCGACACCGAGGAGAAGGUCGACAUACCUUUGUUCUUUGGAUUCGUUGGUCUCUGGAAUCUCUUGCUCAUGUGGCCUAUAUUCUUCAUAUUACAUUUUACAAAAAUCGAAACAUUCGAGCUGCCAAAUCAAAGUCAGUUUGCGCUGCUCUUUCUCAACGGCUUCAUUGGCACCGUACUCUCGGAGGCGCUCUGGCUGUGGGGCUGCUUUCUAACCUCCUCACUGAUCGGCACUAUUGCCAUGUCACUGCAAAUACCACUCGCCAUUGCCUUCGAUGUUCUGUUGAAGGACAAACUGUAUUCACCCAUAUUCUAUUUGGGCGCAAUACCCGUGUUUCUGGCCUUGCUCCUCGUAGCAUUGUUGAUGCGUAACGAUGAUUCAGAUCCGCUUAUGAAGCUGUUUAAAAUUGUAUACCGCAAAAUAUGUGGUUGCCGUAAGCCAAGCAUUGUGAGAAUUAACGAUGACGAGCAACAGGAAUCACUUAUAAGCGGCAGUGAUUAAAUCUUAAACUAUUGAACGCUUUUGGAAAGAGCGCUUCUGAAUUCAUAUUGCUCACUGUAACGCAAUCUAAACAUGGCUGUUCACGAGUUCGUUUCGAAUCGUUUCUUAAUCUAUAGGGAUAUCGUAAAAGGAGAGAGUUCUGUACAAGGUUUUCCAUUUGAUUUAUUUAAGUUCGAAUUGAACUUGUAAAGCUUUUCUAUUUUAUUUACAAUUAAGUUGACCUACUAUUACUAUUACAAAUGUAUUUUCUGUAAAUAGAUUUAAUCUUAGUAUUUAUCUUUGUGAUAGUGUUAAAACUUGCUGAAGCUUAUUUAUAAUUUAUGUUUUAUGGUUUGUCAUCUCAUUCAUUUAUAUAUUCAAACUGUAUCUGUUAAAUUGAAAGAGUAAAAACAAUAAUUGCAAGGAAAUAAUGUACAUGCAACUAUAUACAAAUAAUGUAAAACUGUUGACUUAUCUAAAAGUGGUACACAAGAGAAAAUGUUUAAGAUAAAGUGACAGAAAUUCCAACCAGUAGUUUAAAUGAACUCAUGUAAAGAAAGCCCCAUAAAAUGCUUUAAAUGUG